AUUCGUAGUUGUAUUAAAACACUACAUACAACCCUGAAGCGACAUCAAACUUAUUUAGAUCUUUGUGAAUGUGAAUCUGAAAGCCCUGUAAUUCCACUAUUAGAUUGCGACACUCAUUGGAAUUCUACAUAUAAAAUGUUACGAUUAGCAAUAAAAAUGAAAAAUGUGAUUAUUAGAAUGAAAGAUCAUGACAAAACCUUUUCUGAUAUACCAAAUGAAGAGGAAUGGAAAAAGGCAGAUAAUAUUUGUGCUAUUUUAAAACCAUUUUAUGACUGUAUGAUAUUUAUUAAUUAA